UGAUUGGCUGUUGCAGCUGCGCUUCAACGGGCGGAGGGGGCGUGGCCUGUGCCCCGCCUGUCAGUCAUAAUUUAGGACACAUUUCCCCAGAGUCGCGGCUGCUCGAUCCAAAGUCAAGUGGACUUUUCUCCGAGUCGCUGGAAGCUCCUGCAGCCGGACAGGAGCGCAGCAGCUGGAGGAGACGGUGAAUCCCGCACGGACUGGACCGUAGCAGAGGAGCUGGUCGGUGCCAUGUUGUUCUGACCGUUCAGGGUCCACACCUGCAGCUGACUGUCCGCGGACAGCAGGAUGAACGGAUACGAAGCUCCAGCUCUCGCCUCGGGAAUCUUCGGCUCCUACAGCUCGCACAUCAAUGGCCAUGAAUCUACGUCUCCAGAACCUCCCAGAAACAAAGCCAAGUCUGGUGCCAAAGCUCUGUACGAGCAAAGGAAACAUUUCACCAGAACCAGCAUCAACAGCCUGACGGACACGUCCCAGUACCAUGUGGAGCACCUCACCACGUUCCUGCUGGACCGCAAAGACGGGAUGAUUACGGUGGACGAUGGCGUCCGACGUCUGCGCCUGCUGGAUGCCAAAGGGAAGGUGUGGACUCAGGAGAUGCUGCUGCAGGUGGAGGAGAAGACUAUCAGCCUCAUCGACCUGGAGACCAAGAACGAGCUGGAGAACUUCCCGGUUGGGACGAUCCAGCACUGCCAGGCGGUGAUGAAUGCCUGCAGCUACGACUCCAUCCUGGCUCUGGUCUGUAAAGAGCCAGGUCAGAGUAAACCAGACCUGCACCUGUUCCAGUGUGACAACAUCAAGGCGACUCUGAUCCACGCUGACAUUGAGAGUGCCAUCAUCGAUGCCAAAGGAGGAAGAGUGAAGAAACGUCCAGAGGCUCUGAAGAUGAUCCUGAAGAGUGACGGCAUGAUCCCGCCUCCCCCCACAGCCCCUGCCCCUGAACCGCCCACAUUGGAUGAUCAGGUGGAUCUUAAGGACCGAGCGACAGCCUUGUCAGUCUGGGCCAAUGAGCAGCAAGACUACGAGCGGCAGUUCUUGCAGGACAACGUGGACGUGACGGCAGCGCAAGUGGACCGAGACGUGCAAAUCCUGAACCACAUCCUGGACGACAUCGAGUUCUUUGUCACCAAACUUCAAAAAGCUGCCGAGGCGUUUAACGAGCUCUCCAAGAGGAAGAAAGCCAAGAAAGGCAAGAAGAAAGGACCAGGAGAGGGUGUCCUGACUCUGAGAUCCAAACCUCCCAGUGAGGACGAGUUUAUCGACUGUCUGCAGAAGUUUAAGUUCGCCUUCAACCAACUGGGGAAACUGAAGGACCAGAUCCAGAACCCAAGUGCUGUGGAUCUGGUUCACUUCCUGUUUACUCCUCUCCGGAUGGUGAUCCAAGCAUCCGGCAGUCCGGAUCUGGCUCGGAGCGUUGUGGUUCCUCUGCUCACCAGAGAUGCCAUCGACUUCCUCCACGCCGCAGGGACGGCGGAGGAGCGCCACACGUGGGUGACGCUGGGAGAUGGAUGGACCAAAAGCAGAUUGGAGUGGCCGAAGGACCAGUACUUUCCUCCGUGUGAGCUGCGGUUCCGUGACGGGUGGGAACCUCCCGUGUUGAGGGACGCACCUCAAAGUCGAGAACUGGACCUGAUGCAGCUCGCUGAGAGUCUCGCCAGUGCGGACCUCCAGAGACGGGACGAUCUAAGGCUGCUUGCGGCUCAGGAGCAGACUGCUGUCCAGAGGUUCCCUCCUGCUGAUGGGUACGCCUUCUCCAACUCCUACAAACGCUUGCAGAUCCUGGAUCAGGACACGGCCAUGGCUGCUCUAAAACACGCCGUCAGCCGCCGUGUAGACCGAGGGUUUGAUGCCGAAAGAAUCCAACAAAAUCUGUUUGCCAAAUCCAAAUACGACUUUGUGGCGAGAAACAACACGGAGCUGUCGUUGCUCAAAGACGAGGUCGUCGAGGUUCUGGACGACAGGAAGCAGUGGUGGAAGGUCCGUAACGGCUGCGGGAUGUCCGGCUACGUGCCAAACAACAUCCUGGAGAUUACCAAAGCAGUGGACAUGAACAGCCGAGGAGAUCCCAUCUACAGCCACACCAUCCAGAAGCAGACCAUCAAGACUGACCCCCUCCCCAGUAAGCCUGCAGCUGCUUCAAUACCCCUUGCCCCCACGCCACCGCCUCCUGCCCCCGUCAGGCUCCCCACACCACCGCUGCCUCCUCCGGCCACAGAGCCCUCCAAGCCGGCUGCCGGCAGCACGAUCAACCGGCAUAACAGCAACACGUCCAGCAACGCUGGCAGCGCCGCCAUGAAGGAGCAGAGCAUCCAGAAACCUGCAGCUGGCGGACGCAGGAAGUCCAACAUGGAGGAGGUUCAGGACGAGUUGGCGCACAGACUGACUUUGGGUCGCAGCGCUCAGAAGAAGUUCCAGGUUCCGUCUCGCAGUAGCAGCCUGCCAUCCAUCAGCAUCACUUACGACUCGUCUCCAGAGGACGUCAAAGCAUGGCUGGAGGCCAAAGGCUUCAGCCCAGUCACCAUCAGCAGCCUCGGCGUGCUGACCGGAGCUCAGCUGUUCUCCCUCAACAAGGAGGAGCUGAAGACGGUUUGUCCUGAUGACGGAGCACGAGUAUUCAGUCAGGUCACCGUGCAGAAGGCAGCACUGGAGAAGAGUUCAGGAUCUGAGCUCCAGGAGAUCAUGAGGAGGCGGCAGGAGAAACUGGCAGCCAGCACCUGGGAUUCGGGGGUGGAGUCUUUUGACGAAGGCAGCACCCACUGAGCUCCUCCUUCGGUUUUCUCUUUAUUUUGCUGGAUGUUUUCUCGCUUUCCGUCUUUAGGCGGCGGCGGACCGCGCAGAGUUUGUGGAGAUCAUGCGGCGCCGGCAGGAGCAGCUUAGCUCGUCACCAUAGCAACACCAACUGACCUCUGGACGUCCAGGAUGUUCAAACCACUGAAGAAUCUGCCAUGUAUGCCUGAAUUUCACCAGAUCACUUUGGGGAUUUUUUUUUCUUCUUAAAAAGAAAACUAUCUUUUCUUUUUGGGAAAAAAGUAAAGAAAACCAGUUAGUUUUUCCCUUUUUUUUCUUUUUUUUUUUUUUUUGUUUUGUUUUCCGAAGCCUCUCAGUAUUAACAUUGGAACUUCUGGAAGCUUCCAGCUGACUUUUGGUCCUCUCAGCAGUUAAACGCACAGUCCUGAUGUUUUUUCCGUCAUCCUGAUCGGUUCACUAGAUUUCUGAUAUUCCAUCGAUACUCACUUCUGAUCUGUUUGACACAAUCAGCAGCUGAUAAUUUGGACCUGGUAGAUGCUCCAUAUUUAGUCUUAUUUUAUGACAACGUAUGUAAAAUGUUGUCAAAAUUCAGAAAAAAACUAACAAAAAAAAAAACUGGAUGAAUUUUAAACUCAUUUGAACUCCAGUGAUGGGUGGAGCUUGUGGAUCAGACCACUGGAGUUGACCAGUCAGAGCAAGGAGGGAGCGGCGUAUGAAGUUUGUGUUUCUGUGGAACUAAACAGGAUUGGUUAGUUUAUUUUCUGUAAAUAUAAAACAUCCUGUGUACAUAAGAUUAUUAAAUGUGAUAAUUAUUAUGAAUGAAAAAUAUUUAUGAGAAAUUUUAGCCACAAAAUGAGGAAGUGAGUUCAAAUAAUGACAGAAAUCAGAUUUGUUUCUGUGACUGAAUGAAUAGAAACAACCUGAGAGGCCCAAACUUAAGCUGGUUGAUUGGGUAACUGAUGAGUUUAGUUAAAUGAGUGAGUAAACUGUUUAUCAGAUUUCUUCAACCAAACGGAUUUCCGAUAUUUAUAGUCUAUGAUGAUGUUUUAAGGUAAUGAGAAUAACUUUUUAUAUGAACAUGGAGAUAAAACGCUGUAUUCUGUAGAGAAGUGAUCAGAAACAGCUUUCUGGGAUUUAACAAUCAAAAUGUUUUCAGCUGCAGGUGAAGAAUCCGGAAGUUAAAAUGAUUCCUGUACACUUCAGUGUUUUCCAGGCUGCUUCAUCCGUUCUGUGGAAAAAUUAAAACUCAUGAAUGUAGUCUUCAGGCUCCGCAUACGCCGACAAGUAGUCUGAUUUACAUGGCAAGUUUUUAACACCUGAAGUCUUUAGAGUGCAGAGAGACUGUCGGAUAGCUCACCUGGAUUUCCAACAGUCCAUUCAUCCAUCCAUCCAUCCAACAGUCCAUCCGUCUACCUAUCCAUCCAUCCAUCCAACU